CUGGCAAAUGUUCCUUGGAGUGAAGAGUUCAACUGUAAGUUUUACCUCCGAGGAAGCAAGCAAAUUUCGAGCUGCGAGAGACGAAAGUCGAACCAGAAUUCGCCGCGAGGAUCGCCCUCCACCUUCCUCAACCCAACCUAGGGAUGAGCGAAUGAGCUCGAUGGAUGACUUAAAUGUACUUGAAAGAACUUAUCCUAGGGAUGAGAGAACAUAUCCACAGCUCGAACACUCAAGGAUCGACACUUUCUCGCGGGAUGAAAAUUUCCAUUCCGGACCUGCUGGGGAUGAUACUCGUCCUAGGAAUAAUGUAGCGUACCGUGAUGAACUGGGUACCCGGAUGAACCGGGAUGAACCUGCUCCGGCCAGGAAUGAGUUGGGACGUGAAGCGAGUAUGUCGAGGUUGCGGAGAACGGAAAGCCGAGGACGGAAGAGAAGUGAGAACCCGAACAGAUCCUGCAACGAGAACGAGAACAUUGAUCCGAACAAGAAGCGGCAGAACCUGAAGGACAGGAACGUGGUGCUCCCCCGGUCCUCUAACGAGAAGUUCUUGAGGAACUUCAAUAAGUUCAGCAACGGCCAGGAGUUAAAUAGAAGUGUGGAGGAGGAGGAGAAGAAUGAAAAACUGGAUGAUGAAGGAGGAUCCUCAGAGAAUAAACAACAAAACCUACAUCUGAGCAGGGAACGGUCCCUUAAAUCCAUCUCCAACUGGUGGAAGAGUAGUCUGGAUUCAGGACCUACUCCACCCAACCACACUCCAACCAACUCCUCAGCACAAAACCAUGAAUGGAACGACUCCACCCCAAGUCCUAAACACAACCAUUCUCACUCCGACUCUGGUAUCUCAUCUCUCUCCGGACGCUCCUCCUGUAUAUCUCCGAUGUCUGAUCUGAGUAGUAGUAGCGGAAGUAGCAGAACCUCGCUGAGGUCGUCUUCUAUAGUAUCUGCCAGUAAUAUCCCUGUAGAAGAAGAACCUGAAGAGCUAGAUCUAGAAGAUUUAUAUCGAGAUCUUCUAGUCUUUUCUCCAAAGGAUUCAAGGGUAUCUUGUGCCAUAAAAAGCUGUUUAGCUCCCAGUCUGUCGGUUUACUUCCCCGAAGGGUCCCUCGAGUUCGAAAUCAGAUCGAACCAGAAGGAGAGCCUCGAAACCGAGUCCCCGAGACGAAACCACUCAUCGAGCUUCGAAGAAUCUCGAAAGAAAGUUCUGAGUUUCGUCUCUCAACGGGUUCAGGCGGAAAGGAAACAUCAAGCUUUGCUCAGGGAGACCGUCAGGCUGAAUGAUGAGGUUGGAAAGGAUGUCCUCGGGGAGUUGAGACAGGUUGCUCAGCAGAUGGAGGUCGACAAGGUCAGGGUCUUCAUCGAGGAGGUGGACAAGAUCACCAGCCUCGUGAUUGGAUUAACUAGCAGGCUGGUCAGAGCUAACCUCAACCCUAGACCAGACAACCAGAAAUCUCAGGUUGAGUUUCAAGAGAAACAAGAGAAGCUUUUAGAACAAUUAGAAGAAGCGCGCAAGCUCCGCCAAUCCAUAUUCCGCCGCGCGCAGGUCGUCUUUCGAACCUUGGCCAAGUACCUUCCUGACUCCGCCCUGGAGGGGUUUGGUGGAUUUAUCAAGGAGAAGAUCCGCCUGAUUCUAGAUACGCGGCAGCUGACAGAAGGAUUGAAAAACAUGGAAGAGAUCAUCAAGUGCUUGAAAGAAUAUUCUAACGGAGUUAUGAUUAUUUAAAUUCAAGAAAAUUCGUACUUUUCUAAAUGGCGAAUUUUUCUUAUUUGUUUUAAAUAUCUAAAUGAAUAUGUAUAUUUGUACCAUUUAGAUUAUUGUUUGGGGCGCGUAUGAGGCGGGGAGGGGGGCAAUUAAUCUGUAAAGGGUUUAGGUAUACAUUAUAUAUAAAAACCUUUUAAUGAAUGGUAGUGAAAGUUAUCCCUUUGAACCGCAUGAAUAGAGAUCUAUGUUGUAUAAAUCUAAAUGUAUAUAUACCAUGUAUUUAUUAAGCUAACUUGGUAGAAACCAUUCCCAAGCAGUGCCAUAGUAUUCUUGCAUUCCAUCCAACCAUAUAUGGAAGUUGGAACCAUUAUAUAUAGUAGAGAGACAACCAUAAUCAUAGCCUCAGCACCAUCUAGUCCAUACUCAUUGGUGACACCUUCAACUUAUAUCCUUUCCUUUUCAAUCCUUUCCUUUUCAAUUCUUUCCAGUUUAAUCCUUUCCUUUUCAAUCCUUUCCUUUUCAAUCCUUUCCUUUUCAAUCCCUUCCUU